AUGCCACUUUUGAUGAGACAACGUCUCAGAAAUCAUUUUUUAGUUGGUUUGGUCCUGUUUGGUGCAGAAUUUGUAGAUUUUAUCAAACCAUUAAUUCAACAAAUGCGAAAAUUACAAGAUAGAAUUAUUAUGACUAAUUGCAAUAGUAAAAGAGUGUUAGUUUCUAGAGGCCUUAGUAUGUGCACUUCUAAUUUACCACAAGCCAAUGAUAUGGCAGGACAAAUGACAGAUAUUAUCAUAUCGCAGAUUUUUAUUUUCAAGAAAUCAAAUAAGCAUCCACAAAAUCUGCUAAGAGAAUAUAGCAAAACAGCAUGGACUCUACCUUAG